AUGUCUGAACCCCGACGCCCGGUUCGCGUUGCGAAUUGUUCUGGAUAUCAUGGCGACCCCGCAUACGAAAUGUACCGACAAGCCACCCUCGGCGACGUGGAUUUUAUCACAGGCGACUACCUCGCCGAAGUCAACAUGGCCAACAACGCGGAGGCAUACCGAGCCGGAAAACACCCAGGAUACGAAGAGACAGCGUGGGAAGGGCUACAGCAGACGAUUGAAGUCAUCUCACAGAAGAGGAUUAAGGUGAUUAUCAACGGGGGAGCGUUGAAUCCGGGGGGCUUAGCGGAGAGAGUUAAGGGAUUGGUUCGUGAGAAAAGGCUCGAGGUCAAGGUUGCGUAUUUAUCCGGCGACGAUGUGUAUGAUCAAGUCGGUCCGAGUAUGCCUCAGACACGAGAGGGACUGCAUCAUCUCGACGCGGAUUAUCAGGCGGUUACUUCAUCGACACUGACAUAUGCGUUUCUCAACAAAUCCGAGCCUGUCCCUAUGGUCUCAGCACACGCAUAUCUCGGUGCAAGAGGCAUUGUCGCAGGCCUACACCACGGCGCAGACAUCAUCAUCUGCGGCAGAGUAGCAGACGCCAGCCCCGUUAUGGCCGCUGCCUGGUUCUGGCAUUCUUGGAGCGAUACGGAUUAUGAUCGUCUCGCUGGAUCGCUAGUUGCAGGACAUCUGAUUGAAUGUUCUGCGUAUGUGACUGGCGGCAACUUCGCCGGGUUCACGGGGUAUCCGGUGGAAAAGUUCAUCGAGCCUGGGUUUCCGAUUGCCGAGAUCGAGUCCGAUGGGAGUUGUAUUGUGACAAAGCACGAGGGGACGGGGGGAAUGGUGACGGUGGAUACAGUGCGGUGUCAGUUUCUGUAUGAGUUGCAGGGCAGUGUAUAUCUGAACAGUGAUGUUGCUGCUCAUCUCGAUGAUAUUGUCGUUGGGGAUGUCGGGAGGGAUAGAGUGCGCGUCCAUGGCAUCAAAGGCUCUCCUCCACCGGAAACGACAAAACUGGCUGUUUUCUAUCCCGGUGGAUAUGAAGGGCAGUUACUGCUUAAUGCAACUGGAUAUGGAACAGCGCAGAAGUGGGAUCUGAUCGAGAAGCAAAUCCGUCAUUUUCUGCCUGAGAAGGUGUUGGAUAAUCUGGAGACACUGGAGUUUCAACGAAUCGGAGUCCCUGCAUCGAAUCCCAUCUACCAGGCCAGCAGCACGACGUAUCUGCGCAUCUUCAUGACUGCCCCGUCGCCGCAGGAUAUCCUGGCUGUAUCGAUGGCGUUGAAGAACAUCUCCUUGAAGCAUUUCUCUGGCUUCCAUUCCUCUCUUGACCAAAGAACUGCUAUCCCUCGUCCAUUUCUGGCGUAUUAUCCCGCCAUCAUCAAACAGGCUGAUCUGGACGAAAAGAUCCACAUCCUCGACGGUUCAUCUUCAUCUUCAUCCUUCCCAACAGGCCAUCCACCAAAAUACUCCCCGUUACAGCCACGAGCAAACUACGAUCCUACUCAGCCACCAUCCCCAUUCUCAUUUCCUCAGAAUACUCGCCUAGGAGACAUCGCCCUCGCCCGAUCUGGCGACAAAGGCGGAAACCUCAACGUCGGCAUCUUCCCUAUCGACUCAUCCCACUGGUCCUGGCUGCGCUCGUACAUGACGCGUGAUAGAAUGAAGACACUCCUUGGCACGGACUGGGACGAGUCGUUUUUCAUCGAACGGGUAGAGUUUCCGAAUAUCCAGGCGGUGCAUUUCGUGGUGUAUGGAAUUCUGGGCCGGGGGGUGAGUAGUUCGAGUCGGUUGGACGGGUUUGGGAAGGGGUUUGCGGAUUAUUUACGGGAUAAGAUGAUAGAUUAGAAGGUGUGUGUAUAUUUCCGCUCUGAUAUAAUAAACAGAGGAAGAAUAUACAUUGGAUAUUUGUCACCCC